ACCUAUUCUCAGCUAGAAGCAUGGACAUCAGACAGAAAAGGCUUGAGGGUUUCAAAAAUGAGUCUGCGAGCACAGUUCCCCAGGUUAUGCCAGCGGCAAAUGAGACGAAUGGUUUUUCGCCCAGCAGCAGCUUCUUACCCAAAAAUGACUAUGAAGAUAUAAUAGCAUUUCUAACUGAUGACAAUGAAAAUUCUCAACAAGAACAGGCAAGGAAAAAAUCAAAGACAUUGGCAACAACAUCAGGAGACGAAGACUCUUUGUCAUACCUUUUUCAACUAGAUCAGCCUGUUUCUUUAGAAGAGAUUCUUGGACAAGGCAAAACACUGCCUUCUGAACCACACUUGGGAGGAUCAUCAUCAUCACAUUAUGUUGCACCACAAACUGUAAUCACAAACACAAGGUCAACUAUUCAACUCAACCCAAAUUCAUCUGAGAGAAUCGACAUUUCAGUUUCAACAGGGAUCAUAGUUCCUAAUGCAUCCAAUUCUACUUUCUCAUUGCCUCAAAACAAUCCAAAAUUUUGGCCCGCGGGAUCCAAUGCUUUCUAUGCUCCAGAAACUGGUACUUCAUUUGCUGAUUCUAUCUUCCCUAAAACAACAAGGUACUCAUUCACUCAGUUUGAAUCACCAAGCUUCCCAGUGCAGCCUUAUGGCUGUGCUGGUGCAAGUGCAAGUGGUCUUGUUGGAAACUAUGAAACUCAACUUCAAUCACCAAGCUUGGUUCAUCCUUAUGCUGGUCCUAGUGUUGGUAGUGGUGUUGCUGCCAAUAAUCUUGAUGGAAACUCACUCACUCAAUUUCAAUCACCAAGGUUAGUCCAUCCUUAUGCUAUAGUCAUAGUGUUGGUAGCAGUGCUGGUGCCAAUAAUGUUGAUGGAAACUCACUCCAUCAAUUUCAAGUCUUGA